AUACUUCCUGUUUUUAGCCUUGACGGAAGCUAGCCAGUUAGCUUCACUGGUGAACUAAAGUGAGGUGAUAAUCAUGAGUGUUCUGUUUCGCUCCAGAAAACUGCUAAUUUCAUUAAUGAGAAGCGAUGUUAGACUAAAACAGCAGAGUGCCUUUGGGUGUGUCUGCUCUCAGAGUCACAGUCUUUGUUCGACCUCUGGUUUUACAGAGAAGUCCGCCUCGUGUCGAGUCUGGCAUCCAGUUUCUGUGUUGAAUUAUCACCUUCUGUCCAGAAGAUUUUAUUCAGACAGCAUUGAAAAAACAAGUCCGACAAACACUGCCAGGCUUGAAGAGGAGUCACGGGAGGUGGAUGAAGAAAACGCGGACAACAACACCUCCGUGAGGCAGAGCCCUUCAGUGACAUUCAGCCUCGAUGUCCUGGUGUCUCUGCUGCGUCAGGAAAAUGCAGCAGACCUGUGUGUGAUCAGAGUACCUGAACACAUCAAGUAUGCCGAAUACUUUAUCGUCGUCAGUGGCAUAUCGACUAGACAUCUCCGCGCAAUGGCGCUUUAUACGCUCAAAGUGUACAAGUUUCUGAAGAAGGAUGCUGAUCCCAAUGUAAAGAUUGAAGGGAAAGAUACAGAGGACUGGAUGUGCAUCGACUUUGGUAAAAUGGUCGUUCACUUCAUGCUACCAGAGACCAGAGAAAUAUAUGAGCUGGAGAAGCUCUGGACUCUGCGUGCCUAUGAUGAGCAGCUGAAGAGCAUCCCUCCUGAGAUUAUACCAGAAGAUUUUGUGUUGGAUCCUGAAAUGACAAAGUGAAAUCAUCGAGCACCAAUCAUGUAACUUGUGCACAGUCUUCACUCAUUUAUUUCAAGUAACGUCUUAUACUGUCUUUACUGCAAGGAAAUGCCAACUUUCACACACUCAUCUUCCCUUUAAUGAGGCGGAGAUCAAAAAUUAAGGCCUCCUCAGUCACCAAGUGUUCUUUGGGGAAAAUUGUGUCAAUUUGCGUUUUCACUUAAGACGUUACAUUGUAAGAUGGGCUGAUGCAUUGGUAGUGUUGAUGUCGAUUUUGCACCUAAGACAAGUCCUGACCAAGGAUAUUAGAAUUUGUGUUUGAAAGAAUUCUCAUCCUUCAGCUUCAUAUGCAUCCAGGAGGUUUUGUUCCACAGUCACCAGUCUCUUGAUGAUCGAGAUACUUCUGCAUGACAGUUGAGCACAUAAUGUGUAUCUGUUGUGUAAUUUUAUAUUGAAAAAUGCUUAGAGACUGGAAAGUAUCCACUUUUUCAUUUGACUUGUAUUUCACCAUUAAAUUAAAAGAUAACAAUUGUAAAUUUGUGAAAGCUUACAAAUCAUUUUUCAUUGUCUUGAAACUUUGUGAAUGUUAAUAAAUGUAUUGAAUUUUUAUUGUAAAUUUCUUAGUUUCUGCUCACAUAUGGUUGAAAUGAAGCCAAUUAUUGGGGUCCAAAAACAGUCCAUUACAAUGUUGUUUAAGUAGUGAUCAAAAUCUCCAAAUAGAAUGAAAGUGAAGUGUAUUUUCUUACCCCCGUCCUCAGGCAACCGUUCCGAAAAACUUUACAAAAACUAAGUUGUAGAAGAAUUCUCUCCUAAAAGAGAAAAGAUUUACUGGGUCAUCAAAACAAACCAAUAAACUGUUUUUUCAGCCAAGCAAAUUGUUUCUUCCAAGAAAGCAGAACUUUCUGGCCAAGCUGCCUCGGAAAUCUGUCAGCAAAGACCGAUAGGGCAGUAGAACAGUCUGUCAAUUGCAAACAUUCUUCAAGAGUCAAACUUCUCAGUCAAAUGGUCUUUCAUUGAGGAUGUACACACACGAACCAACACUCCAUCAAAAUGUUGCUUUUCUUCCAGUCAGAGAUAAAUCAGAUGUUUUAUAGCGCUGAAAUACUCUGACAGUUUAAUCUGCUAAAUACUAAGAUGCUUCAAAUAUCUGUGGAGAAGAUCGCUUUUCAGGGGAAGCAGCAUGUGCCUGAAU